UCUUUGUCAAGAGGCGUGGCUAGGUGAUUGACAUUUUGUUAGUCCAAUGACAGUCUAGUAAGAUAAGUUUCGCUUUUGUCGUGACUUCCUCGGGCUGUCAGAGAGGUGGAAUCGCUAUUCGGGUGGCUGGAGGCUGACAUCAGAUUACAACCAUGAGCCAGUGGGCCGCCAUUCUGAAGCUGAGUACUGUAUUCCAGGAGAAGGUCAUGAGUCUCUACAGCCAGGAACUCUUUCCUAUGGAGGUGCGACAAUACCUGGCUUCUUGGAUUGAAUCCCAAGACUGGAAGCAGGCAGCUAGAGACCUCUCCUUGGCUAAUGUCCAAUUUCAGAAUCUACUUGAGCAUCUGGAUAUCCAGUACAGCCGAUUUACUCAGGAGCAGGAAAUACUCCAGCAGCGCAACUUCCGCCGGUUUAAAUGUGACAUCCAGGAGCGAUAUCAGGCAAAUCCUCAAAUGCUUGCAGAGAUCAUCCGAGAUGUUUUACUAUAUGAAAAGCAGAUCCUGUCAGAAGCCAGAGAAGUGCAGUCCCAGGCUGGCCAGCCUGCUCAGGUUUCAAUUGAGACAGGAAGACAGCGUGAGAUUGAGCAGCGUGUAAGCGAACUGACAGAAAAGGUGCAGUUAGUGGACUGUGAAGUGAAAUUUUUAGAGGAUCUGCAGGAAACCUUUGACUUCAAGUACAAAAACUAUGAGAUAGUAGCAAGAUCACAUCCAAAUGACAAACAUUUGAAGAAGAAGAGAGAGGAUCUGCAGAUUCUGUUGAAUGAACUGGACAGAAAGCGCAAGGAGAUCCUGGAUCAAAUAAGGGGGCUCCUUGGGUUGUGCGAGACACUUGUUGAUUUCCUGCAGCAGGAGCUAGACGAGUGGCUAUUGAAGCAGAAACUGGCAUGUAUUGGAGCCCCAACAGAAACAUCUCUCAUUUUGCUUCAACAGUGGGUAACCAAGACUGCAGAGUGUUUUUUCCAGCUCCACCGUAUUUUCAAGAAUCUUGCAGAACUCCCAUCCCGAAUUUCUUAUGACGGUGACCCACUAAAAACCGAUCCCCCCAACCUAAUAAAGAGGCUGAAUGAAUUGCUGUCCUGUCUUCUCCAGAGAUCCUUUGUGGUAGAUCGACAGCCAAUCAUGGCCUUUCCGUGUAAACGCCCACUUGUGUUAAAAACCAGCACUCAGUUUUCUGUGAGGGUCAGACUGCUUGUGAAUCUACCAAAACUUAAAGACAACAUGAAAGUCUCUUUCUGUGUGGAUAAGAAUGCGCCCAAUAUUAAAGGCUAUCGGAAAUUCAAUUUGCUUGGCACACAGAACAAAGCCAUGGAAGAAAUCCAAGGAGAAGGCCUGGUGGCAGACUUCAAACACUUGACACUGAAAGAACAGAAAGCUGGUACUGGAGGCAAAGGUGGAAAAGGUGCAAAUGAGGGAUCACUUAGUGUCAUGGAGGAGCUCCACCUCAUUACUUUCACCGUGGAUUUUAACUAUGAGGACCUGAAGCUAAAACUGGAGACUGUCACCUUGCCGUUCGUAGUGAUCUCCAACAUUAGUCAGUUCAUUGUUGCGUGGGCCUCAGUCCUUUGGUUUAAUUUGCUGAGUUCUGACUACAAGGAUGUAAAUUUUUUCUCAAAACCCCCGAUGGCUCCCUGGCACUUGCUGAAAGAAGCCCUGAGUUGGCAGUUUGAAUGCAGCACUAAGCGCAGGCUGGAUGCAGACCAGCUGGCAAUGCUGGGGAAGAAACUCUGUGAGGAGACCCCCAGAGAAGACAGCACUGUGUCCUGGAACAAAUUUUGUAAGGAGAAUAUGCCCCAUGUUUCCUUCCCAUUCUGGGUAUGGUUUGAUGCUGUUCUUACCCUGGUAAAAGGACAUUUAGAAAACAUCUGGAAUGACGGGCACGUGAUGGGAUUUGUAAGUCGCAGGAAAGAAGAGACUCUGCUGAAGGCUGAGAUGUCAGGCACGUUUCUCCUUCGCUUUAGUGAAAGCAUUUGUGGUGGGAUCACGUGCACCUGGGUGGAACAGCAAGAUGAUGGAACUUACUCUAUUCGUUCUGUCCAGCCAUACACCAAGAAGGAACUCUCAUCAAUUCCACUCACUGAGAUCAUCAGGAACUAUCAGCUUUUGGCUGACGAAAACAUUCCUGAGAAUCCUUUGAAGUAUCGGUACCCCAACAUACCAAAGGAUGAGGCUUUUGGGCCAUAUUAUGAGCAGAAGCCUGAAUUAACCCUGCAAUAUGAGCAGUACCUCCAGCGCAAACUGAUUAUUGUCUCUACAAGGCAAUUUGAUGAAUCGGAGAGUAUUCUCUCCCCUAGAAUGUCUGAACAUAAUGACAUGGAUGAAUGGAAUGGCAACCUUGAAGAAGACGGUCUGGCAGGUAUAACCAUGAACAUUGAUAACAUUAUGAUGAAUGCUGACAGUGACCCAAUGCUGUCAGUUUCACCUGUGGAAUUAUUAUAUUCGGAAGUUGCUCUGUAUGAGCGUAUGUAAAAGAUGGAUAUUGAAUGAAAUCGGCUUCUACUCAAGACAAGGGUUGUAUGUCUUCUCCUGUCUUCACACACUGAGCCUGUCCUUUCAGCCUAAAUAACCCGAACUGUGCAUGAUCAAUAAGCCACCAAUAGGCAAGGAUGUUCCCCUUGUAUUAAUAUUCCAGAAAUAAAUGGAAACAUUGAAUAUACAAGUACAAGUUAAAGGGCACCUAUCACAGCCAAAAUCAAAUUCAUAUGAACAAUCUGACCAGUACAAGCUAAACACGUUUUAUCAAACUACAUAUAUAGUUUUUUGAA